AUGGCCCAAGAUCCUCGAGCAUUACUACAGAAAGCCGACAAGGCAGCACAAGGAGCCUCGGGCGGAUUCAGCUUGUUCGGCGGCCGGGCAGAGAAAUGGGAGAACGCAGCCGACCUGUACACACAAGCCGCGAAUGCCUUCCGGGUACAGAAGCAGAACUAUGAAGCGGGCCAAGCAUUCGAGAAAGCAGCAUCGAUACAACAAAGCAAACUCAACGAACCGGACGACAUGGCCAACACCCUGACGGAAGCGUUCAAGGUGUACCGCAAAGACUCACCACAGGACGCCGUGCGAGUCCUAGCGACCGCAAUCGCGCACUACACGACCAAAGGCAACUUCCGGCGCGCGGCGACGCACCAGCAGAACCUGGCGGAAGUGUACGAGAUGGAGCUGGGCGACCAGAAGAAGGCUCUGGCCGCCUACGACACGGCCGCGCAGUGGUACGAGAGUGACAACGCCGAGGCGCUCGCCAACAAACUGUACCUGAAGGUCGCCGACCUGGCCGCCCUUGAGGGCGACUACCAGACGGCGAUCACCAAGUUCGAGGCCGUGGCCAAGUCGUCGCUCAACAACAAUCUCAUGCGCUGGUCCGUCAAGGAUUACUUUUUAAAAGCGGGCAUCUGCCAUCUCGCCGCGGGCGACCAGGUCGCCACGAAACGCGCCCUCGAACAGUACCGGGAACUGGAUAACGGGUUCGCCGGCACCAGGGAGCAUAUGUUGUUGACAGACUUGGUCGCCGCGGUCGAGGAGGGCGACCAAGAGGCCUUUGCGGAUAAGUUGUUCCAGUAUGAUCAGUUGAGCAAGCUGGAUAAGUGGAAGACCACGCUGUUGCUCAGAGUCAAGAAUGCCAUUGAGAAGGAGGAAGAGGAUUUCUCGUGA